AUGUCCAUGGAGAACGUCAUCAGGAUGUACAUUGAUCGUGGAGUCUCAGCCCCUGUACCCCAGAACUUCACCGCAACAAUGGCCGCUCCGUCUGGUGAUGAUGCCGAUUUGGUCCCCGAGCCAGAUCUUUAUAAAGCCCCCGAAAAGAAGACGAUUGAAGAACUUGUAAAUUUAGAUGCCGAUGAUGAAGCGUUAAAAAGAUACAAGGAGAACUUACUUGGUUCGGUGGUUCAAACCACUCCUUUUCCCAACGACCCACGCCACCUAAUUGUCAAGAAACUCGAGGUUCUCAUAAAAAAUGGUCCUACCAUCGCACUAGAUCUUGACGGAGACCUGGAGAAGUUGAAAGAUAACCCUAUUGAAAUACCCGAAGGUGCAUUUUAUAAUGUGAGGGUCACUUUCUACGUCCAACGGGAAAUCAUCGCGGGCCUCCGGUACAUCCAAAGUGCCCAUAAGGGUCUAGCAAAAAGUAUGUAUCUUUGCUGCGCAGUUGGUUCAAGUUUUACUACACUUUUUGUGGUCUCCUUUUGA